UAUGUAAACUAUAUUAUUUUUUUACGUGUAAGAUUUGUAAUUUAAAAAUUUAAUUGAAUUAGUUAUAAUGAUAAAAGCUAUUCUAGUCUUUAAUAAUCAUGGAAAACCGAGACUUUCGAAGUUUUAUCAAUAUUUUGCAGAGGAUAUGCAACAGCAAAUAAUAAAAGAAACAUUUCAAUUAGUUUCUAAAAGGGAAGAUAAUGUUUGUAAUUUUUUAGAAGGCGGGAGCUUAAUCGGUGGUAGCGAUUACAAAUUAAUAUACAGACAUUACGCCACAUUGUACUUCGUAUUCUGCGUAGAUUCCUCCGAAAGCGAAUUGGGAAUAUUAGAUCUAAUUCAGGUGUUUGUCGAAACAUUAGAUAAAUGUUUCGAGAACGUAUGCGAAUUAGAUUUGAUUUUCCACGUAGAUAAAGUGCAUUAUAUCCUCAACGAACUCGUAAUGGGUGGAAUGGUCUUGGAAACAAAUAUGACUGAAAUUCUUACGCGGAUUGAAGACCAAAACAAAAUGGAAAAACAAGAGGCGGGUAUAACCGCUGCUCCAGCGCGGGCUGUUUCGGCUGUUAAAAAUAUGAACAUUCCUCAACAAAUAAAAGAUAUAAAGUUACCCGAUUUACCGCAGGCCAUCAAAGACCUAAAAUUCUGACCUCGAUUAGGAACAGAAUUCCAGAAUGUUCAUAUUAUACCGCCAGAUUCUCGAUCGCUUCUGGAAGAAUCUUCUUCUGUUAAAUACACUUGAUAUAUAUUGUAUCUACAGGGUGUUUCUGAUUUAGAAACGGGAAUUUUCUCUUUGUUACACUAUUUUGAAAUGAUUUUCGAUUUUUUAAUGUAUCGAUUGGUUUAAUUACUUUUUUUUAUAUAUAAUUUAAUUAUUUUUUUAGUUAAAAUGUUUAUAAAUAUAUUAUUAA